AGUAAAUCUCUUUCUGCCUCUAAUAAGAUGAGCAACAACAGUAAUAAGAGAGCACCAACAACAGCAACACAGAGGCUUAAACAAGACUACCUUCGAAUUAAGAAAGAUCCAGUGCCUUACAUCUGUGCAGAGCCCCUCCCAUCUAACAUCCUUGAAUGGCACUAUGUUGUCCGGGGACCUGAAAUGACUCCCUAUGAAGGUGGCUAUUAUCAUGGGAAACUAAUAUUCCCCAGAGAAUUUCCUUUUAAACCUCCUAGUAUUUAUAUGAUUACACCUAAUGGAAGGUUUAAGUGUAAUACAAGGUUGUGUCUUUCAAUCACCGAUUUCCAUCCAGAUACCUGGAAUCCAGCUUGGUCGGUCUCGACGAUCUUGACGGGCCUUCUUAGUUUUAUGGUGGAGAAGGGCCCCACACUGGGCAGCAUAGAGACGUCAGAGUUCACAAAAAGACAGCUUGCUGCACAAAGCUUAGCAUUUAAUUUAAAAGAUAAAGUCUUCUGCGAGCUCUUCCCUGAAGUGGUGGAGGAGAUUAAACAGAAACAGAAAGCACAAGAAGAGCUCAAUAACAGACCUCCAACCCUCCCUUUACCAGAUGUUGUCCCUGAUGGGGAAGCACACUACGGUCAGAAUGGGAUACCCCUUCUUAAUGGGCAUGUACCCUUGGCACCUGCCAAUCACCCAGGUCUCCAACAGGCCAACCGUAACCAUGGACUUUUAGGCGGAGCUUUGGCGAACUUGUUUGUUAUAGUUGGUUUUGCAGCCUUUGCCUACACAGUCAAGUAUGUACUGAGAAGCAUAGCGCAAGAAUGAGGAGAAUUAAAAGAAAUCCAAGACCAAAUUAGUGGUAGUUGCAGAAUGAGUGGGACUCUUUGGGCAUCUGACUCUUUGACACUGGGAUAAAUAUUUGUUUUA